UCGUCGAAGAAUUUCCCAAUUUUUAAAACAAAAUUUUCGUCUUUCGGUAAAAAAUUUUAGUAUAAAAACCAGAAUAUUCAAAAUCUCCACAAAAUUUGUACCUUCAAGUUAAAGCAUGUCAAAAAUUGGUCAGCCGACGAAGACUCCAGAUCUCUAUGACAAGCCACCACCAUCAGCAGCAGUAAACGAUCAACUCUAUGACCAGCCGCCAAAGGCCGCCGAAGUGAACUACGACGAAAUAGCGCCAGGUCCGAAAUGCAAAAUCGAGGUUAGCAGUGGUGUAAUGCUCGCUGAUUAUACUCCAAAAGAAAUAAGGAAACCCACACCAAAAGCCGAUGAAACUCAAUUAAGUCAAGUAACGAGUGAGGUGUCAGCACACCAAUUAUGCGAAUAUGAGAAAGAUGAGAUCAUUGGUAGUGAGAUGAUGUCGUUCAUGGGAAGCGAACAAAAUAAACGAAAGAAAAUGCGACGUGGCAAAUCUGUGGUUGGCGCUGAAACAAAGCUUCGGACUGCUUCUGCUCCCCCAAAACCGAAAAAGUGCGUGAAGGUAAAGAGCAAGUGUGGCAUCGUAUCUUCGGCUAUUCUGACGCUUCUGACUCUUGUGCUUGCUAUAGUCACUUCAAUGGCGGCUUUUUGUCAAUUAGAGGAGACGAUUCCAGAAGAAUAUCCGUGGUUCUAA